AUGGGGAAGAAGAGAAAGUCCAUAGCCACCAGCCUCGACGAGGUGGAUCGAAGCAUGUACACCUCCUUCUGCAGCGCCGCUAAUUCUCUCUCUCAGCUCUACACUCAGGCCAUGAACCACCAAAAGCUCUCCUUUCAAGCCGGUGAACGCCACGCCCUCGAUAAAAUUUAUCAGUGGAUCAGUAGACAACAAGAAGGAGGCUCAAGAGUUACAACAGUGGAUAUAGUCAGUUAUCUUCAGAAUGAGUUGGACUAUUGUGGAGAGGAGCAGCCGUCAAUGUCCCCCAGGGUUCCACUUCAACAUCAGCAUCUUCAGCCCACUGUGCACUUCACAAACUCAGGUUUCCCAGUUUCUUCUGGCUCAUCUGGCCCAACAAAUACUGGGCAGGGAAUUCGUUCUGAGCAAUGUGAUCACCAAUCUAAAAAUUCAGUCUUCUCAAAUGCUCUGUCAAGCCCUGUUCGCCAGAGUCUUCAGCACUAUCACAUUUCUCAAGAUGGAUAUUACCCAGGUGCAGGUCUGCCAUCUGGAAAUGGAGCCCGAAACAAUGAACCUAGCUUUCUCCACCCGAACCGGGAUGCUAAUCCUCCAAGUUCCAAUGAUACCUCGAUGGACAUGCAUGCAGAUAGUCCUGGUCAUGAUUCUACCUACUAA